AUGUCUGACGGCGGGGAUCUUUCACGGAAUAGAGGGAAUGCAUACCAUGUUCAGUUGAAGAGAAUGAGGUGGUAUAGAAUUCAGAACUUCUUGCCUGGUCGGUGCAUAUUCUGUUGCGCAGCAGGCAGCCACACCCGAGAGCACUCAUUGGCUGUUAUAAGCACAGGGACGACUGCAAAUUGCAAGCAUACUCCUCGUCAACAUUUGAAGAUGGAGCGCGCGACAAUGGCCAAGUCUUAUUGCCUUGCAAUCGUCCUUGUCUUAGCCUUUGGCCUGGGUAGCUCCGUCGGGGUACCCCGCACGAGAAAGCACUAUGUGAAGUUCAUCAACAACCUUAACAACAAAGUGCUUAACGUCAACUGCAAAAACCAGAACCCAUACAUUGAUCUCAACCUUCAAAUUCUUCUGCCCAAGGAGGCUUACGAGUUUAACUACAAUGUAACACGCGCCAUGGCUUUCAGCUGCGAUCUGCGACAUGGGUUUACAAGCUCGACUUUCGGCGUCAGUGACAAAGCAACCAAAAGAGAGUGCGGUGGAAACCACUGCAAUUGGAAAGCGGAGGACACUGGAGUUUACUUGCUUAACCUCAGAACAAAACAGUACAAAUUCAAAUAUGGAUGGGGAAAGUGAUCACCAUGAAGGUGAUUAUGUGAGGAAGAUCAAAUUUUCUGGCUGCAUCAUUGGAGUCCGAGCCAUUUUUUUCAUAUUAUCAUAUAAAGACGUAUUCGUGUAGAAGAGAAAUAAGUCUCUUAAUGUGGGUUUGCUUCUUUUUUUCUUGUUUUUUUCGGUAAGCGUAUUGUUUCUUUACUUUUAUUUUAUAUGUUUAAUUUAUCUCGUUUUGAGAAAACGAGAUAUAACUUUUGUUCGUUA